AUGUUGGCUCCCCGCAGGACCAUCCUCGCGUCCGUUGUUGCCUUCUUCCUGCUUUAUACACUUCCAGACCGCCAGUCCCAGCUCUGGCGGCGUCUCCAUUCCCUGCUGGAGCAACAUGCGCCUGACUGUCCCCCACCGAUCCUGCAAGGCGGCGCAGGCGUCCCACGGUUUGACGCAAUAAGUGAAACCCCUCGCAAAAACUACAUUAGCAAUGUUGAUGAGAUUCGACUGCCGAUGCAGGCAGCGCACGAUAGCUUUGUUCAUGCUAUCCGCAAUUUAAAAGACGCUCGUGUGUACACCCCUGGAACAAUGGGUAUAGUGUCAUCAGCAGGAGGGACAUAUUUGCCUACCUUUGUAGUUUCUCUCUUGCUGCUGCGGCGCACUGGAUCGACCUUGCCAGUGGAGCUCUUUAUGAAGGAUUGGACGGAGUAUGAGCCUUACAUUUGCGAGACGAUUUUGCCCCCACUGGGGGUAAAAUGCUUGGUGCUUUCAGAGAUUCUGUCGGGCCAGGAUGAUAUUAAGAGUACCCACUCUAUAGAGGGUUUUCAGAUCAAAUCGUUUGCUAUGCUUUUCUCCUCAUUUGAGAAAUUCCUCUGGUUGGACGCGGACUGUGUCCCACUCCACAAUCCAAUCACAAUACUCAACUCUGAACCCUUCACAUCCACUGGCCUUGUCACUUGGCCAGACUUCUGGGCAAAUACCGCCGCCCCCGUAUACUUCAACAUUUCUCGUCAACCUGAACCUCUCUCAACAACCCGACAAGCCACAGAAGCUGGACAGCUUCUUGUCUCUAAGGAAUCCCAUUUCCUUACUUUGAUCCUUGCCGCCUACUAUAAUUACUACGGACCCGACUACUAUUAUCCGAUUCUUGAUCAGGGUGCACCAGGAGCAGGCGAUAAAGAUACCUUUCUCCAUGCUGCAACUGCCCUUAACCAAAGGUUUUACUCUGUUAGUGAAACUGUCGUGGAUCUGGGAAAUAUCACUCCCUGGGAUUCCCGGAUUGCAAUCAAUGCUGGAUAUAUCCAAGCUGAUCCAAUCCAGGACUUUAACCUAACAAGCCAAGGGAAAUGGAGAGUCCAGGAUCCGUCUAUCUCUAAGCCACCGCGGGCUUUCUUUAUACAUGCUGGUGAUCCGGAAUUUAAUCCGGGAGAGGAGCUAUUAGGUAAAAAGUUACUAGGGUUUGAUGGUAACCCUACUAGAUUAUGGACUUAUCCGCCCGAGGCUAUAAAACGCCUAGGAUAUGAUGCUGAGAAGAUGUUCUGGGAGGAGACUAUGUCUGUUGCGUGUACUAUGCAGUCUGCUUUUAAGACUUGGAAGUCUAAAACUAGUCUUUGUGAGGAUGUUCGGGCACACUGGAGAGCUGUUUUCCAAAAUCCGGAUAUAAAGGUCCCGGAAUUUAUAGAUGGCUGA